AUGCUUUGCAGGAGUCAUUCCGCGACUAACGCAGCUCUCAUGAGCCAGUCUCAGGAAGAACGUCGACUCAUCUCGCUCACGGCCAAACCAAAACUGCGAGACGUAUACAUUAACACCACGGAAGCCACCCAUGUUCUAGCUGUGGACGAACACUUUGAGUCGCACUUUGGAUACCGCGCUCGGCCCCCUCAGAACAAAGCCAUAGUGGAUCUAAUCAAUGGAUGCACAAGUUUCUUAAUUGCGGGUACUGGAUUUGGCAAAAGCCACGUACCAGAGAUGUUCUACCUUGCACACGACCCGAAAUAUUCACCAGUCGUACUCUGCAUUAACCCAUUACUAUCCCUGGGUGAUGAUCAGGCAAGUUAA